AUGGCCGUCACAUAUGAACCACCCUCCAUAGGGCCCAAGGUAGAGGCAAAGCCCAAAUCCAAGAUUUCAGCCUCCCGGAAGCUGUCACUGAAGAUCCUCUUGCUGGCUCGAGCAACAGAGGAGCUGGAGGCUGAGAAGGUUGCGAGAGAAGAGGAGAAAGUUCGCUACCUGGGAGAGAAGCUUCCACCGCUGCAGCUCAUCGGUUUAAACAUGGAGGAGCUGCAUCAACUCUGUAAGGAGAUCCAUGAAAAGAUUGAUAUCGUGGAUGAGGAGCGAUAUGAUUUUGAAGCCAAAGUCAUCAAGAACAACAGAGAUAUCCACGAGUUGAAUCUAAAGGUUCGCGACCUCGGAGGGAAGUUCAAGAAGCCGGCGCUGAGGAAGGUGAGAGUGUCAGCAGAUGAGAUGCUGAAAGCUCUCUUUGGAUCCAAAAACAAGGGCUCCAUGGACCUGAGGGCAAACCUCAAGUCGGUAAAGAAAGAGGACAUCAAACAAGAAAAGGAGCUGAACAUGGAGGUGGGUGACUGGCGUAAGAACGUGGAGGCCAUGUCCGGUAUGGAGGGCAGGAAGAAGAUGUUUGAUGCAUGA